GCGCCGGGCCAGCCCAGCAGGGAGUUCGUUCCUGGCGGUGGCGGUGGCUGCUGUUUCUGCUGCUGCGCGCUGGGACGUGCCCGGUGGCGCCUUCCUCCCCGGGGAAGCCGCCUUUGCACUGGCGCGCCGCUGCCUCUCGCCCGGCCUUCUCUGCCUGGAUCCGCGGCGGGAACGAGGUCUCCAGCAAGGAUUUUUACCACUCUGGUAGCACGCGUGACCUUGUACCCUGUUUCACUGCCGUCUUCUGCCUGAAGUAGCAUUCUGUACAGUAUGGAAGCCGGCACUCGACUUCUCUGCUAGAAAUUGGUCUACUGAAAGGUCCCUCCAUUUGUAAUACUGGCUGCUUCAACUGUCACGUGCACAAAACUGCUCUCCCACAAACAUGGCGGACGAAGACCUCAUCUUCCACAUGGAAUGCCUUGAUAACGCCAGAGUAACAAAAGCGGCCUCUGGAAAUUACCAUGAUGGCGACAGCGACGAAGAAGAGGCUUACUACAUCUGCCCAAUAACGGAUGACCCCGUCUCAGUCAAGGCUGUGAAUGGCAAAGUCACUGACUACUACAGCAAUUUGGUCAAAAACGAGCAAUACUCCUCCAGCUCUUCUCCUCGAAAUUCAUUCCACUUCAAGGAAGCUUGGAAGCACGCCAUCGAGAAAGCAAAGCACAUGCCUGACCCCUGGGCUGAAUUUCAUCUAGAGGACAUUGAAACAGAACACGCCACCCGGUACAGGUACAAUGCUGUUACUGGGGAGUGGGUCGAAGAUGAGGUUCUGAUCAAAAUGGCUUCCCAGCCAUUUGGCCGCGGCGCAAUGCGGGAGUGCUUCCGGACGAAAAAGCUGUCCAAUUUUCUGCACACCCAGAACUGGAAAGGGGCCUUCAACUAUGUGGCCAAGCGGUAUAUUGAGACGGUCAGCAGAGACGUCUAUUUUGAGGAUGUGCGGCUCCAGAUGGAGGCAAAGCUGUGGGGGGAAGAGUACAAUCGGCAUAAGCCACCCAAGCAGGUGGACAUAGUCCAGACCUGCAUGAUUGAAAUGAAGAACCGGCCGGGCAAGCCUCUGUUUCACCUGGAGCAUUAUAUCGAGGGCAAAUACAUCAAGUACAACUCAAACUCAGGAUUUGUGCGAGACGACAACAUUCGCCUCACCCCACAGGCUUUUAGCCACUUCACAUUUGAACGGUCAGGGCACCAGCUGAUCAUCGUAGACAUCCAAGGCGUCGGAGACCUUUACACGGACCCUCAGAUCCACACAGAGAGUGGCACAGACUUCGGAGAUGGCAACUUAGGUGUGCGGGGAAUGGCCUUGUUCUUCCAUUCUCAUGCGUGCAACAAGAUCUGCAGAAGCAUGGGCCUCGUGCCUUUUGAUCUCUCCGCCAAAGAGAACGAUGCCUUGUAUCGAAGCAGUAAGCUCCUUGAAUCGGCACGGACGGUUGUGCGGGGCACAGAAGAGAAAUGUGGCAGCACCCGAGUGAGGACCAUCUCCGGUAGCCGCCCUCCUCUGCUUUUCCGUUUGUCUGAAAACUCUGGAGACGAAAGUAUGAGCGACGUGGCCUUCGACUCAUUACCUUCCUCUCCUUCUCCGGCAACGCCCCAUAGCCAGAAGAUCGACAUGCUUCACUGGCCUGUUUUUAAUGAAGUUGACAAUUUGGUUCACAAGGAUCACGAGGGCCUUGACAACCAAAGGGACUCUGAAAAUGGAGGUGAUAGUGGAUACCCCAGUGAAAAGAGGAGUGAUCUGGAAGACAUGGAUCACCGAGACAAGGGCCAUUCCAACCUCAACCGAAGGCACGAAUCCGACGAGGACAGCUUGGGAAGUUCUGCAAGGAGAAUUGUGGUUGUAAAUAAAUCCUCUGUGACCACUGAACCCAGUCCUCGGAACACACUGGUCAGCGUGGAGAAAUGGAAUCUCUACAAUGCCGCUCGAGUUCACAUUCACAGACCCUCCUGUGUCGCAGUGGAAGUGCAGAGACUCAACGCCCUGGAGUUGGAGAAGAAAAUUGGGAAGUCCAUCCUUGGAAAGGUCCACUUGGCCAUGGUUCGUUACCAUGAGGCGGGCCGUUUCUGUGAGAAAGACCAGGAAUGGGAUCACGAGUCCGCCAUUUUCCACCUGGAGCACGCAGCCGACUGUGGAGAGCUGGAAGCCAUCGUUGGGUUAGGUCUCAUGUAUUCUCAGCUGCCGCAUCACAUUCUUUCGGAGGUCAAUCUGGAGGACAGCCCAGAAAACAGAACCAAAGGCUUUGAUUAUUUACACAGAGCUGCAGAAGCGGGAGACCGCCCCUCCAUGAUCCUUGUCGCGAGAGCAUAUGACACAGGCGUGAACCUUGCCCCUGACAGAGACCGAGACUGGAAGGAAGCCCUACACUGGUACGACGCAGCAUUGAACAUGACGGACUACGAUGAGGGAGGGGAAUACGAUGGAACGCAAGAUGAACCCCGCUACCUGCUCCUGGCGAGGGAAGCAGAGAUAUUAGCAACAGGGGGGGUUCAUCUGGACAAGGACCCACAGAGAGCAGGUGAGCUGUACACGGAAGCCGCAGAAGCCGCUACGCAAGCCAUGAAAGGCAGAUUGGCCAACCAGUACUAUCAGAAAGCCGAGGAAGCCUGGGCCAUGAUGGAAGAGUGAAACUUGAACUCAGUACUGCUUUUCUUGCAGACAUCAGAACAAAGACUUUUUUUUACAAGACUGUUGUUUUUGUUUGGGGAGGGAGGGAAGGGAGGAGGAAAGGGGAAAAAAGUAUUUUUAGGUGUUGUUUUCAUUGAUCUUGUGGGUUUUUCCCCCAUACAAUGAUUUCUUUUCUAACUUGAUUCCAAAUGGAAUGAAAACUAGAAGUGGUAAAAAUGACUGAUAUUUUAGAGCUGCAAUAUGGAUCGCCGCUGAUAUUUUAUAAAAAGGACCCGUUCAUCCGUAGAAACCCUGGUUUACUGGAAAACUGUCGCUGCCCGUUUUGAUGGUAUUCGUCAUGCGAUCGAGAAGGUCAUUUCCUCUACGCGCCUCACCUCCAUCGCAGCCUCUUCUUGAUUACGAAAUGCAGGGUUUUCCCCCCUCUUUAAAAAGACUAGUGUUAUCAGGUUGAGAUUUGAUCCUUGGGUGCAGAACCCAGGUCUUAGGAGAAAUGGGAGAAAGAUGGCCUUCUGUUCCCUCAACUCUUGAGGAGGAAUGGCCCAGAAACGGGGACUUUCUUGCCUCAAUCCGGAAGGAUCAGUCCCCGAAUGACAACACACCUGGCUGGGCCAGCCUUUAUUUCAUCCCUGCCACGGGGUAUGAGGCGGUGGGCAGGACGGGG